AUGCUGUCGUUCUCACUCCUCAAGGCGACCGCCUGUCUCAUUUGGCCGUCCUCGGGAUGGACAACAUGUGGACAGAAAACAGCCAGCGCGUUUCCGACGCUCCUCGAUGCUACACUCGACGACCUCAAUCGCGGUCUGAGCAGUGGAAUUUUCACCAGCGUCGACCUCGUUAAUGCUUACAUCGAGCGCAUUAAAGAGACCACGCCAACCCUCAACGCCGUGACCGAGAUCAAUCCGGAUGCCGUCUCCAUCGCCGAAACUCUGGACCUCAUCCGCCGCCAGGGCGGACCGCUUCUCGGCCCCUUACACGGCGUCCCCGUCCUGAUCAAAGACAAUAUUGCCACGGCAGACAAGAUGAACAACACGGCCGGCUCUUAUGCCCUCCUCGGCGCUAAAGUCUCCGAAGAUAGCACCGUCGCCGCCAAGCUCCGGAAAGCGGGGGCGAUAUUGCUCGGCAAAGCACACCUGUCGCAGUGGGCCGAAUGCCGGAGCUCCAAUUCGAGCAAUGGGUGGUCAACGUAUGGCGGUCAGACCCUGGGCGCAUAUUACCCCUUUCAAGACCCAUCGGGUUCGUCGGGGGGCAGCGGCGUCGCGUCUUCGGUCGGUCUCGCGUGGGCGUCCUUGGGGACUGAGACAGCCGGCUCGAUUUUGUUGCCCAGUGACGUCAACAACGUUGUGGGCAUCAAGCCCACUCUUGGCCUCACCUCACGGUACCUCGUUGUGCCCAUCUCGGAGCACCAAGAUGUUGUUGGACCUAUCGCUCGGACCGUGAAAGAUGCUGCUCAUCUCCUGGGAGCCAUCGCCGGUGUGGACCCUAGCGAUAACUAUACGUCUAAAUUUCCUUUCCCGAAGACACCAGACUACGCCGCGGCAUGCGUUAAGGGGGGGCUGCUGGGCAAGAGAUUGGGAAUUCCACGACAUGUGCUACACGACCCUCAAGAAGCCCCUCUCUCCAACUACUCGGUGACGGUAUUCGACUCGGCCGUCGACAUUCUCCGGUCUGCAGGUGCGGAAAUCAUAGACGACAUUGUUUUGCCAGGAUACAACAUGACCGAAAUCUCCGCGCUCCUCACCAAGAGCCUUCACGCAGAUUUCGCCGUUGCCAUAGAAAAGUACUUUGGGCAAUUGGCGACCAAUCCGUACAACAUCACCACGCUUCGUGAGCUCCGGGACUGGACCCAGCAUGACUCUCGCGAGCAAUGGCCUGAGAAAAACACACUCUCAUGGGACAACAACCUAGCAGAAGGUCUGCGUAACACAGAUCCGGAAUUUUGGGAUGUGCACCUCCGGCUUCUGUACCUGACUGGUCCCCAAGGAUACACAGGAGCUCUCAAGAACCAUUCUCUGGACGCGAUAGUACUGCCGACGGCGUUUGCUGUGAUGAAUGCUGCCAUAUCCGGUACACCGGUGAUAUCGGUACCGUUUGGAAGGCAUCCGGACGAUACCGAAAUUAUCAAAGACAAGACUGGAACGCUCAAUGCCGUGGCACCGAACUUACCCUUUGGCAUUGGUUUUGCGGGGGCUCCGUUCAGUGAGGAAACACUGAUUAGCAUCGCGUACGACUUUGAGCAGAAGGUCCAGGCCCGGGAGGUCAUCAAGCCCUAUAUAAAACCCAAGAGCGACCUAGAAGACAUAGCAAGCCACAAUCACAUCACUGAUCGACUUUCGGGACUUUCCCGGAACCCCGCGCACCGAUUUACGGCGGCGGUGUCUGGAAACCUAGUCCCCCUCACUGUUAUCAAGGGCGCCGGCCACGAGUAUAUCCCCCUCCCGGAGGGCGAGAACGCGACUGUUGCCGAUUUCCACUCAAUCCGAACAAACACAAAGGACUCACCUGCUCACUUCACCUCGGGUUUCUACAAAAUUGUCGCAGGACCCGCUCGUCCCGCGCACUACAACUUUGAGGAGACUAAGUACGUCCUCAACGGUCAAAUUGACAUUUUGGAUGAGGCUACUGGGAUCACCCACCAUCUAGUACCUGGAGAUUUUGCUUUCUUCCACGUCGGAUCCAAGGUCAAGUUCUCUACCAAGUCAGAAGGCCUUGCUUUCUACGCCGUUACCCGGCCCGUCAGAGUUCCCCACCCAAACCUGAAGGGUCGUGAGGAGGACGCAAAGUCUAAGUUGUAA